AUGGAUGUCUUCAUCAACGGGAGAGUGCCGCUGGGCACAGUCGGCGCGUGCACCGCAACCACCAAGCCAGCCACCUCGGCGUCCCACCACUCGCACCCCCACGGGCAUCGCGCCUCUCGGCCACAGCAACACCACUCGUCUCCCUGCGACAACGGCACGGGACACCCCACCGACAAGGGCCACCCCCUGGGUCCUGUGUUCCAAGAGCAGCCGGUGGACACGGAGUUUUUCGAGGAGCAGCCCGACAGGACCGUCACGCUGCACUGCUGCGCUCGAGCCAACCCGCCCGCCUCCUACAGGUGGAUGCUGAACAGCACGGAGAUCGAGUACUCCGAGAGAUUCAGUCUGCAGGGUGGUAACCUGGUGAUCAGCGAUGCGGAGCGCUCGCUCCACUCGGGGCAGUACCAGUGCGAGGCGAGCAACGUGGCCGGCUCCGUGCUCAGCAACAAGGCCACACUCCACUUCAUCUAUCUCAACGCGUUCCCUGUGGAAAGGAGAGAGCAGUCAAGGGUACGGGAGAACAUGGGGGCCUACCUGCUCUGUGCUCCACCUCCACAUUCGCCAGGGGUCAAGUUCCAGUGGCUCUUUGAGGAGGACACCAACGGCUCCGCGGCGCCAGCGCCCGUCCGCCUGGACUCGCGACGCUUCGUGUCCCAGACGACGGGGAACCUGUACUUCUCGCACGUGAAGCAGCGCGACGUGGGGCGCUACAGCUGCCUCCUGCACCGCCAGAUGGGCCCCGUGCUCAACAAGACGGUCAACAGCUCCUUCAUCAGCUUGCAGCUCAAGAAGGACUCGGUGGGGAGCAGACUGGCCGUGCGUCUCGAGGUGCGGCCACCGCCUACAAUGGACGUCUUGGUGGGACAGAAGCUGCGCUUAGAGUGCUUUGGGAUGGGCAACCCCGUGCCCAACAUCACGUGGCACCGCCCGGGGGCCCUGCUGCUCAAGGCCGGGCCGGUGCUGGAGAUCGAGGAGGUGCAGACCUCCGAUAACGGCACGUACCGGUGCAACGCCAACAACAAGCUGGGGAACACGAGCGCCUCGACCGAGGUUCUUGUGCACGCUCGCCCGCAGUGGACUCUAGGAAUCGUGAACGCAAACAUUCACAUUGGCAAUGACUUGUACUGGAGCUGCAACGCCACAGGGACGCCCACGCCCUUGUACCAGUGGCUGCGGAACGGAAUCCUCCUGGAGUCAAAGGGCAGGAUAUUGGUGAGCCGUGAUGAUGGCCGCCUGAAGAUCACCAGCGUCAACAUGAGCGACGAGGGCAUGUACCAGUGCGUGGCCAGCAACGAGCAUGGCGAGAUCUACUCCAGCGCCCAGCUGCGCGUGCUCGCGUUCGCCCCGGAGUUUAACCACAGCCACCCCACGGUGGUGCAGGCGGUGCGCGGCGGCUCGGUGAACAUCGCCUGCGCCCUCCACGCCGCCCCGAGGCCCAGCAUCUCGUGGGGCCGCGGCACCGAGUCGCUGCCCAACAGCAGCAAAAUGACGAUCCUCGAAAACGGGAGCCUUGCGAUUCGAGACCUGGAGCGGUCAGACCACGGAAGCUACACCUGCUUCGCCAUGAACUCGCUGGGCAAGGCCAACGCCACCGUGACGCUGCAGGUCAAGGACCGAACGAGCAUCACGCUGGCACCGAGCGGGGCAUCCGUGACGGUGGGCGGCCAGGUCACCCUGCAGUGCCGGGCCAUCCCCGACCCUUCGCUGGACGUGGCCUUCGAGUGGAAGCUGCACGACCGGUCCAUCGACACGGACGACAAGAACCCGCACUACUCGCGCGUGCGUGGGAAGGAGACGGUGGGAGACCUGGUGAUCAGGGACGUGCAGCUCCUGCACGAAGGGACAUACACCUGCCUGGCCCAGACCGUGGUGGAUACCGCUUCCGCCAAAGCCGACGUGGUGGUUCGGGGCCCGCCGGGGCCCCCGGGAGGUGUGAAGGCCGUGUCGGUGAACGCCACUGCGGUGCGGGUGACGUGGAGCCACGGGGCCGACCACCACAGCCCCAUCACCAGCUACACGCUGGAGUGCCACUCGCCGCUCUACAACAACAGGGCCUGCGUGCCCACCCGCACCGAGCCCCGCAACAUCGAGGGGGACAGGGAGAGCGCCGUGGUGGGGGACCUCAAGCCGUGGGUGGAGUACGAGUUCAAAGUGGUGGCGCACAACGCCUGCGGCCGCGGAAACCCCAGCCAGCCGUCGCAGCGCAUACGCACGCCGGGCGCAGUUCCCACAAUUGUGCCCUCGAAGAUCGGCGGAGGCGGGGGCGUCCAUCGGGAGCUCACCAUCACGUGGAAGUCGGUGGAGCAGGAGUACCGCUUUGGCGAUAGGUUCACCUACAACAUCAGGUUCCGGCCGCUCGACAGCGCGGACAAGGUGUGGACCACGGUGGUGAUCGGCGACGCCGACGCGUCGCGCUUCGUCUACAAGAACGCGAGCCUGGAGCCGUACGUGCCCUUCGAGGUCCAGAUGCAGGCGAGCAACGUCCACGGCGGGGGCCCCUACAGCCAGGUGGUCGUGGUGCACUCCGCCGAGGACGAGCCGGACGUGGCUCCGCGCAGGGCAAGGGCGUUCCCCAUCGCUCGCACGGCCUGCGCCGUCAAUUACACGGAAUUCAAAGUCACCUGGGAGCCCAUUCUGCCCAACGCCACCAGCCGGCGAAUCGUGGGAUACGAGAUACGCUACUGGAAAUCCACGGACAACCAAGCGGCAGCAGAGAGAGUUCAGACCGAGGUCACCAACAGCGUCAUCAUCAGAGGCCUCGUGCAGAAGACGCUGUACCACGUGGAUGUGCGCGGCUACAACACGGGCGGCGUGGGGCCCCCGAGCCCCGUCGCCAGCGUCCACACGAAUAAGAACGCUUCAAGCCAGAUCCCUGAGGUCAGAUACACGUUGAAGGACGACAUCGUGACCAUUGCCUGGAACCCGAUCCACCCUCUGGACGAGUCAGCGGUCAUCAAAUACCAGGUGCGCUACCACCUGAAGGACCGCCCCAAGGGCAAGGUGUACAAGGUGAAUACCACCGAGACGAUGCUGAAGGUGCGGCUGUUCGCGAAGGACGACUACCUGGUGUCCGUGCAGGCUCUCAGCGCCUCCGGGGAGGGACCCUGCACCGAGCUUUACAUCCACCAACCAGACAACAACCUUGCGGACGAGGAGGCAGUGGCGACGGGUCAGAUGGAAGGGAGUGGGAUGGGGGGAGGGGCGAGCGAUGGACGCGCCGUCUGGACUGCGCUGUGGGUGUGCGGACUGAUGCAGGUUCUUCUGUGCACCUGGAGCGGAGGAGGCCUCUAAGCAGCUCCACCCAGGAGGCCGUGGCACACAAAAGGAGCCACAUCCACCAGCACCCCCCUAUCACAACGUGCACCGCGCUCAAUGGACUCUUAACCCACAUUAAAAGCACUCAUUGCCAUCGGCGGUUCUACAUGAAGUAUACAGUGUGUACGAUUCAUUGAUAGUGUAACGUUUUGAGUUUGCUGAUAUUUUGCAUAUUAGUCCCAUUUCAGAUGUUUCAUUUGCCAGUGCCGCCGGAGAUGGCAAAACCUAGUUGUGCUUUUUUGAAAAGGUCUGUGCCACAGGCGAUAUUUGGAUGUGAAAUCUACCGGGAGGGCAUCGCGUGUGGUGAACCCACUUUGGCCAGUGGAGUCAAUCCGUCUGGAGUGGUUCGAACUUGCGCGCCAACUCGCGGACAGUCAAGGCCACUGGGGGUGUAUGAGCACUUGCAUCGGCGUGACAUCGGAGUGAGCGCGCCAAGUCAUCUGGCUGGGUAGGCGAAGGGUUUCGGUGCUCGCCGCCCGCUGGCUAGGCCUCGGCAAGGUAAGGUAAACGGUAAAAACAACGAGCCUACCCUUACCCUACCUUUUACCCUUAUCCCAUACAAAUUACCCGAUUACAGGGUAAUUACUGGGGUACUACACGUGAACAAGGUUUGUAAUAGGUAAAUGCUAGGUCGAGCGCUUUAUUUAUAUAGAAUACUCUCGAUUCCAAAUUAAAAAUGGAGGCCACGAACUGCGCCACAGAGCUUUUAGCGAGCGGUAAACAAGGUAUUUACCGGGUAAUUUUUCCGCACUCCCUUUACCCUACCCUUUACCUUACCCCUUGGCAUGUCGACACCUUUACCCUUUUACCCGGUAAAAAGGGUAAAUGACCUUACCUUGCCGAGGCCUACCGCUGGGUGACGCCGCUGGGGAUUUUUCUGACGCCUGGGACGUCACUUGAAGUGCAGGUGAAUGUGUUCUAAGUGAGAUAGCGCAUGUUUUAAGUUUACAUUAUAUCCAAUUAUAAUAUAGAUAACGUAACCUUUUUGUAUCUCCACAUGACAUUUGUUGAGCCCGAUUGGCCUGCCAGUCUUCUAGACAUGAAGCAGCAUGGUUUGAACAAAUACACGACCAGCCUAGACGAGUGGGCUCUUGGUGGAGCGUCACGUUGGCAGCUCUGGGUUGCGAUAUCCCCGUCUCGGUGUUAAUCUGGGCAAUUUGGUCGUGUACACCUCCUCUGCCCGGAACGGUCACGUUUAGUUUUGGGGCUGGCUGCCCCAAUUGGAGUCGCUCGCUUUCGGGGCUAACGAGUGCAACCUGCCCCGCUAUUUAACCCAUAACUCGGUCGUCAUUGCCAAUGCUCUCCCUGGGGGGGACGCUGUCCCUGGGGGGGGCUGUCCCGCUCCGAGAGUUUCUCUGCAGGCUGAGGCCGUCCGCUCGUGGAGGGCGGCGGAGGCCACCGCAGUUGACGACACGCGGAGGCCAAGAGGCUGCCCUGUGCCAACGGGACACCGCUGGCUCACGGCCUCGUUUUCACGUCGGUGCCAGGGGGCUUUGUGGCGAUGUCUGCAAGCAAGAAAGUGCGCCAUUGUGACGACGGCUCUUUGGACGCAUUGCGUCACACAGAUAAUCCAGUGCCAUGCGAGUAUUGGGACCUUUCACAUUCUCCCAGGUCUUUGCGUGUUCAGGUUGGCGACCAACGUAUUUAAUGGCGAUGGCCAUGCCGCUAAAUAUUGUCCUCGCUUCUGCCAGAUAAUGCAGCUGUAGAGCGGAUACCCUGCCUUCACGGAUCUCCUCUAACAGUCUCAACGUGUCGCUUCAGGACGUGCCCGUUGCGGUUGGCCUCUGGGUGGCCACUGCAUUCGAUGAAUAAUUAUUUGACAUUGAAAUGAAAACGUCACAUGGGUGGCAAUGUUGAUAUUUGCUCCGUCCUUUGUGCCACUGCUUCGGUGUCAUUCAUUGCCGCUCUUCGCCUUUGCACCGUCUCGCUUGCCCCCUUCGCUACCUUUGCUCUCCAGUGAAGAAGUGCUGCCCUCUAGUGCACACUUUGGCUUCCGUCACCUGAAAUUACAGUUGAGUACCGUGUCUUGAUUUCACGCAGACUUUGAUACUCACUCGGCAGCAGUGUUAGUUGGUGAGCACACGACGUUUCGUGGCUUGCUCGCAGUGCCAUUUCUGCUAGGCUCGUGCACCCAACGCGUGUCCCAUUCCUUUAGGGCUCCCAUAACACGAUGUAACACAAUCUUUGUCCCUGGGUAGUGUUAUUUUCCAAGUGCUUAUGCCUCAAAAGUACAGAAAAUGGCUAUUCCCCACAAACUUUGCUUUUGUGACCAGGGCUUUACGUGAAGGAAUGAUACAAAUGCACACCACAUUUUCUCAUUGCAAAGAGGUACAUUUCAAAAUAUCACUGUCCUGGUCCCAAAAGCAAAGUUUGUGGGGACUAAUAGCCAUUUUAUAUACUUUUGAGGCAUAGGCAAUUGGAAAAUAACACUUACUACCCAGGAACAAAAAACAAUUUGUUACACAGUGUUAUCCUUAAUUCUGCCACCCCUCAUUGUCUUUGUGUCUCUGUCUCUCUCUGUCUGUUUCACUUUGUUUCUGCCUCCAUGCCUCUCUCAACAUCUCCUUCUCGACGAGUCUGCCUCUCUGUUUCAAAACGUCAGUGUCUGCCUACAUCUGUUGAUGUGUCUCUCCACGUGUCCCUCGUGUUUGUUCCCAAGUCUGUCUCCAGUCUCUGGAUGUGAGCGGCCCACUUACCCCAACCAAGUCUGCUUCUGGCCCCUCCGAGUGGUGAGGUGGCUCUUACCGCUGAUUUGUUUUGCAUGGUUUCAUCCUCAUUGAGUUAUUCAGCCCUUAGGAAUAUUAAACUAAAUUGAUGCGUGUAGUUGAGCGGAGCGGUGCUUACAUGGACGCCGGCUUCACACGAAUCAAUAUCCAUAACCGAACUUGGCGUUGGUCACGUGUAAAUAGAUUUUUUAAAGAUUGAAGGUUUUAACAAAAGGGUACGCUACUUAGCUGGUACUGCUUAUCUACAACAACAACAAAAGCUUUUAAUUGAUGUACAAAACAAUUUGAUAAUACUGUACUUAGCCAACGUGUACAUUUCUGGGUGUUGCAUGACGUGUUUGUAAACUGGAACGUACACGUGGCAUGUGGCAUGGCUGGGUGCGAGGAAACCGCAAUGCAGACGUCUCCUCCCGAGAGGUGUAAUGAUGCUUUCCAUGCCCCGAGACGCGUCCAUUCUCGCAGCACGUGCAUUGAAUCGUGCGUGUUAACAAUCGAUGCGUGUUGGUGCAUUCGAAUGCUAAAUGCAAAUUGUACCUGCAUCCCACGCACAUCCGAGUGUAAGCGCGCCAAGCGAACUUGUGCGAACGAGACGGCGGGGAAACUUAAUCUGAAUACAAAAAUCGAGAGGAGAAAAUAAUGGAUUAUUUCAAUAAAUAGUGGCCCUGAAUCGUGACAACUCAUGGGGUCAUGGGGGAGGGCUCGCAUCGCUGAACUCGCUGGUGCUGAGAUGGGCGGUAAUCAUUGGUGGCAGGCGAAGGAAUCCGCUAAACUGCACGCAUAUGUUGUACAAAUGCCGCGUGUGUAUUACUGUGGUUGGGUAUUGUCAGUUGAUGAUAAUUAUUUUACUUGAAAAAAUGUGAUAUCACGAAAGGUUAUGUUACCUUUUUGCUCAGUAUAGGUUUCUCAUUUAACAUCUAUUAAUCAAUACCCAUUCAUGCUGGCUAAUGUGGAGUGCA